GAAGAUAAUCCAGUCUUUGCAUUAGUGUCGAAAUUUACUUAAUUGGAUCAUAACAACUUACAAUCCUUCUUGUAUGAAGACGUGGCUGCAGUUACGUAGAUCAGCAUGUACCGAAUGUGAGCAUGCUGUUUGGGUCUGGGACCGGUUCAUCCAAUCAUUUUAUCCAUGUGGAAUCUGUCACAUGGGAAAAACCUUAGUUCCACGUGUAAUGAAAAUUGGUUUAAAGUUCGAAGAUCGUCACUUCAGUAUGGAAGAAGAAUUAGACCUGGCCUAUUCGCGCGAGAUGUUUAAAAAUUUGAUGAAAAUGCGCGAAAACCUCAGCUAUACCGACGUCAUUUUACGCGUCAAAGGAAAGAUAUUCCACGCUCAUAAAGUUUUAUUGGCUACUUCGAGCCGUUACUUUGAUGCAAUGUUUUCUACCGAGACGAAAGAAAGUACACAAAAUGAGGUGGAACUUAAAGGAGAAGAUUUAACCGUAGAGGCCUUCGAAAUAAUUUUAAAUUUCAUCUACUCCUCGAUUCUCCCGCUUACCGAAGACAAUGUACUAGACGUUUUAGAAGCUGCUGAUCAUUUGCAGAUACUUAGCGUAGUUAAGAAGUGCUCGUCAUUCAUUGGUAAUAACCUCAGUCGAGAUAAAUUCCAAGUGGAAACUCGACUAAAAAUUCACAGAGUCGCCGAUCGGCAUAAUUUGACGGAACUCCGUGAAGAAAGUCUCCAAGCUCUCGCUCUGAAGUUUGGCGAAAUUUGCGAGGAAGAAGGAUUUAUGGAGAACUUUAAGGCGGACGAGCUAGAGCUUCUCCUUCCACGUAACGAUCUAAGUGUUCCCUCAGAAACGUUCCUUUUCACAAGCGUGAUCUCUUGGAUAAAGCACGAUAAAGAGAACCGAUUGCCACUUGCACCAAGACUGCUGAACAAAGUUCGUUUGGCACUUGUCGACAUAAUGGUUGUUUUAUCCGAACUUGAAUCGGAGGAGUUUAAAGACAUCCCUGAGUGUUUUUCGCUCAUGUACAACAGCUUAUCACAGCACGUCCGGCCCUUUUUGUCUUCUCCAUUUGCUCAAGAGAAGGGAAUGCCACGCCUUUCAUCAAAGGCCCUGGUUUCAUUGUCAUGCUUGUCUGAAGUUAAGUACUUUGAUACUGUGUUAAAGUGAUGGCAGCCAUUUCCUGGUCUUGAACUACCAAGCCUUCAAAUCACACCAGCAGCACUGUACACUGGAAAUUACUUGUUCCUCUUUGAUGAGAAAGAUGUGCAUCAACACCAGCUUGAUACUCAUGCUUGGAAAGCAUUACCACCUAUGAGGAAUACACAUUGUGAUUUCCAAGUAUGCUUGCUUGAAGAUUUUCUGUACCUUAUUGGUGGCAGUGAAGUUAAUCACAGUGCAGUUUCCGAGAGAUUUAGCUUCUCAAAGAAAAUAUGGCAGCGCCUUUCCUUCCAUGUAGAUCAAGGCCUCUAUGGCUGUGCCGUGGCUGUGUACAAUGACUGUAUUUAUUCUAUUGGUGGCUCUUGGGCUAAAGGAGGGGCAGAUCAUGGGGUGUUCAGAUUUAAUCCAAUGAAGAAUGAAUGGACAAAGUUGGCGGGAACAGCUUACAGCCACACCCAAGCCUGUGCCUUUGUGGCUGGGGGAAGAUUGUAUGUUGCAGGUGGUAAAACAGACCCACCCAGCAAGCGACAGAGGGGACUUAUACCAUCCAGUCAUGUUGAGGUAUAUGAUGAAGAAAAUAACCAAUGGCAUUCUGUUCCGCAACCUCACAUACCACCUGGUAAUUUUGGAGCUGUGGAGAUUGAGGGCCACAUCUACUUUAUACUUGGAAAUGUUGCGUUUGACAGCGGAAUCAGAAUUGGAGAUGAGGAGGUUUAUCAUGUCAAUAUUGAAGAUUGGAAAGCAAUUUCUCAGCAUGAUACAGAUGCAGUGUUUGUUUACAUGCCUGUGAACAGAACUAAGACUGAUCAAACAAAACAGGAAUUGACAGAAAAUUAUGAGGCUUCAGAUGAGCUUGAGAACAAUUAAUUACAAACCUAAAAAGUAUCUUUUAUAUCUUUGGAGAAUAUUACAAGUUCAUUACUGUAAAAGUGCCCUUAAGGGGAUUCCCAUGGUCAUACAAACAACAGAGUCAGUUGCAGAAUUUUGAAUUCAGUGCAAGUCACAUUAGGAGACUAUUUUAGAGGGGCAUCAUUUAACCAUUGACCAGCCAGGUGCAAUCCCAAUGAUCAUAUGAGUUUAUUUUGACUAAGAUAACAUGGUAGUACCCUGGUUCCCUAGAUAGACACCAGGCUUAGACUUUUUCAAAAAAUUUUAGUAAGCAUUUUGAAAAAUUCUGCAAACAGUGUUUUAAUUAAAAACAUCAUUUGAAAAUAGUGUUGAUAUUUCAGUGCAGUAUAAAUAAAACCCAAAGAAAUGUAAUAAUUGUAAUGAAGUCCCCCACAGCGGCUGCUUUGUGGCGUCACGUAAUACAAAUCUCGUAUUGGAAAGUGUGUCAGUCUUUGGUUUCAUUUUGAUUUAGAAUUUUUUUGCAUUGUGUUUUCUCUUCCAAGUGCAAAAUGAAUCUCAAAACCACAGCGUUUGUCUUGCUUAGUGUCGUGAUUAAAAAUACACAGUCCAUGACUACAUGUGCCUAGUGAUAUGAAAAAUAGUAUCAUCUGCAAUGACUAUAAUGACUUUGAAGGCCAAGUUUUAGAAA